UACAUUUUUACGAUAGGACAAUAGCCAAUUUUGACUUUGUGUUUGUGGUAACUAGUGGAAACCUCCCAUGACGUGAUUUAUGUUGAUCAACUUCCCGGAUGUCAGUGAAAUGACCAACAGGUAUAGUUCAGCCGACAAAACAAUGAAGGCUACUUCGUUUAUUAAUUUGACCGAUAAUUGAGAAAAGCAAAUGUUUUUUAUUAUCGUAAAUUGUAGUUUUGAGUUGUACUUUUUAAUGCACGCGUGUCAUUUUGUCAUUGUAAAUUUGUCCAGUGACAUCUUUGCUCCGGUUUCGGUUGAGGUUUGUGCGGUAUCAAGCGCUUCGCAGCCUCUCGCAUGUGAAGGAAUCACAGAGGAAUAUACAGAUUAUCAAAGAAGGCUGUUCUUCAAAUAACUUUUUUUCGGAUUACAAGGACAACAUGAAAGUCACUGUAACUUUUGGAGCAACUGCAGUGGUCGUUCCGUGUAAAGGAGAAUGGACAGUUCGGGAGUUGGUAGACCAAGCCAACCAGAGGUAUCGAAAGAUUCUGGAACAGAAUGGGGAGGACUUCCUGGUUCGGACCCACCGCAUGGAGUACUGUGACGGGGGCAUCUUGGACCUGGAUGACCUGCUUGCUGACCUGGUGGAGGACCGAGACAAGCUGGUGGCAGUGUUCGAAGCACAGGAGCUCCAGAGGGGGGCGACAGUGAGCCCAGCAGGCAGCGGCGGAGGCUCCACGGGCCACUCCAGCCCCAGCCCGUACUCCGAUCCUGACCCCUACGCACGCCAGCCCCCCUACUUUCAGCCACCAAGAGGAGGAGAGAUAGAGGUCAACGCCUACACCCUCAAGGCCAACACCCCUCUACUGGUGAGGAGCAGCAGUGACUCUGCCCUGGCUCCGCCACUGGAAAUUGUGGCGCCUCCCCCUGAUGACCUCAAUGCCAGACCAGCCGAAACGGAUGCCAGCCAUGCACUGACCAACAGAAGAGAACCCAAAGACCGAUUGAGGCUUGACAUCCCCACUACAGCCAAGAUGAGCCGGGUCACACUCAGCCCCCUGACCGAGACGGUGGAACUCUCUGGAGAACAGGGGCCGCUGGGGAUCCACGUCGUCCCUUACUGCUCCUCACUGAGUGGACGGACCCUGGGCCUGCACAUUAAAGGUAUCGAAGCGAACAGUCGCUCCAAGAGAGAGGGCAUAUUCCGGGAGGAUGAGUGCAUCGUUCAGAUUAACGGCACUGAGCUAAUGGACAAGACAUUUGCCCAGUCACAGGAAGUGUUCCGUCAGGCCAUGUGUUCCCCUCUGGUGCGCCUGGAGAUCCUGCCGCUGGCCAACAAGCAGCGCUACGAGAAACGCCUCAUCGGGCAGCUCUUCACCGACGGUCACGACUCCAUCCCCAAAGCCAAGAGCCCCCUCAUGAUCCACCAACAAAUGGACGCUAAACCAGAAGGGAAACCAGAACAGAUCAAUCCCAAACUGGAGCCGAGACGUCCAGACCUCCAUGUCCUCCGCUCCAAGAACCCCGAUCUGCCAGCCUCUCUCACCCCGCUAGGGGAGCACCAGACUAGGCACGUCCCAGAGGAGAUGCCCCUCAGUGUGUCCCCAGCCCCGGUGGUCAGGGAUCGGGAUGGGGCCUCCCCUGCGGCGGUGGGGGGCAGCGAGAGCCCUCUGCCCCGGGGAAAGAGUCCCACGGGGCUCCCUAACCUGUCCAACCUGACCAACCAGAAGGGAGGCCGGAAGCUGAAGAUUGACCUGAAGAAAGGUACCGAGGGGCUAGGUUUCACCGUGGUGACCCGGGACUCGACGGUCCAUGGCCCGGGGCCCAUCCUAAUCAAGAACAUCCUCCCCCGGGGCGCCGCCAUCAAAGAUGGCCGCCUGCAGCCCGGCGACCGCAUCCUGGAGGUGAACAGUGUAGACAUGACUGAUCGAACUCAGGAGGAGCUGGUGGCCAUGCUGCGCAGCACCAAGCAGGGGGAGUGUGUCUCUGUGGUGGUGGUCAGACAAGAGGAUCUCUUCCUACCCAGAGAGCUGAAAGGGGAGGAGGCAAGCCCCCUGGUGCUGGAGGAUGGGCGGGAGCAGCUGAUGUUCGAGGUGCCCCUGAACGACACGGGCUCGGCCGGCCUGGGCAUCAGCCUCAAGGGCAACAAGUCCCGGGAGAAGGGCGAGGACCUGGGCAUCUUCAUCAAGUCCAUCAUUCACGGAGGGGCCGCCUACAAGGACGGCCGCCUGCGGGUCAACGACCAGCUGAUUGCGGUGAACGGCGAGGCGCUGCUAGGCCGCUCCAACCACGUCGCCAUGGAGACCCUACGCCACUCCAUGUCCUUGGAGGGCAAUGCCCGCGGCACCAUCCAAUUGGUGCUCCUCCGCCCCGCCCCCUCAUCUGGCUCCGCCCACAACACCAACGCCCAGGAGAGCCAAGAGGCGGCUAGCCACCAUGUCCUAGACGGCCCCUCCGGAACUCCGGCUCGAGCUGCAGCCCUGGUGUCCCACCACCACAGCAACGGUCCCAGCCCCAAGCCGCCCAGCCAGCCGCCCAGCCAGCCGCACAUGGUCCCCAACCACAUCUACUCCAGCUUUAGAGCUUCUCCUACGAAUGGUGGCCACGCCCAUUACGAGGAAGAGGAAAUGGAGGAGGAUUUCCCCUCGCCGCCAUCGCCUGACUCCAUGGAGGAGAUGAACGCUAAACUUCAAUACACAACACAUCCUCACCGGAGCGAGUGGAGCAAGGCCCCCAAGAUUCCUGAGGGUCACCUUCACCUGGACACACAGACAGCACAGCAACCCGGGCAGACUGACAACCCUCAGAAAAGGAACUCUAAGAGCAUGGACCUGGUGGCUGAUGAGAGCAACAUGAGAUCCCUGGCAGAGCAGAGGCCAGAGUCCUCAUCCAGGGGGAGUGACCUGGGUCCCACCUUGGGGCUAUGGAAGUCCUGCUCCUUGGAGAGUCUCCAGUCAGCCGUGUCGGAGGCCCGGCAGCUGAGCCAGCAGAGCCAGGUGCCCUUCCACCGCCCCAGGCCCCACAUGGUGCGGGGUAGGGGCUGCAACCAGAGCUUCCGCACCGCCAUCGACAAGUCCUACGAUGGGCCCUCGGAGCCGGAGGACGAUGACCUGUCAGAGCAGAGCUCAGGCCGAGACACGCCCGUCAGUGGCUCAUCCCGCCAGGACCAGAUUGAAUCAGAGGCAGGGAAGAAGAAGAAGAAGACCAAAGGGAAGAAGAAAGAGAAGAAGAGCAAAGAAAAAGUGAAGAAGAAAACCGAGGAUUCUGAGGACCAGGAGAAAAAGGCCAAGAAAAAAGGAUUUGGGCUCUUAAGGUUUGGCAAGAAAAAGGAGGAGAAGAGCAAGGUGGAGGUGAAGGCUGCCAAGCAGAAGUUGGAGGCUCUGAGCGAGGAGGAGCUGAACAAGAUUGAGGAGGGAGUGAGACACGAGCUCCGAUACAUGGAGGUGCGGGACGGCCACGUGACCCCCGACCCCCUGCCACCCGACUUAGAGGACGAUGACCAUGACCCCAACUACGCCCGUAUCAACACCUUUCGGGAGCCCCCCAAGGGCCCUUCGCCCUCCUACCUCAGCCGCACCCCUUCUCCUCAGCGAGCCCUCGGGGGACCACCCCCCGGCGGACCCUCACACAGCCGCCAGCCCUCGGCAGAAGACUUAGAGGGGCUCUAUGCCAAGGUUAACAAGCAGAGAGCCCCGCCCUCAACUUCCACGUCACAGCUUCAGCCCCCUCCGAGCGACAGUGAGCGUGUCCAGAAGCUCAGGAGAGAGCUCCAGCAGGCCCGUGCUGCGCCCGCUUACGAGGAGCUAGAGGUCAUCCGCCGCAGAGCCCUCGACCACGACCCACCACGAAUGGCCGUGAGAGGACCUGAUACCGGUCCGGCACCCCGCUAUGAGGACGUGGAGCGACAGUACGCAGCCCACGCCAGGAGAACGGAUCCGAAUGACUACCCCACCCAGUCUAGGACAGCACCCGGUUACCCCGGCCGCGACAACUACUACCCCCCUAGAGAGACCCAGCCCCACCCCUCCAGCCUGCCCCGGGUCACCUUGCCUGCUGGGCCACCGCAGGUGGACCCCAGGUACUACCAAUCCUCGCCCCACCGGGCUGCCCAGCGCCAGGAUGUGCCCCCCACACCAGGCACCCGCGCCCCCCGCUAUGAGACAGUGGGCAGGGGCGGUUACCGUGACGCCAGCCCCGAGCGCCACGGCGAUGGCUACAGGGACGGCAGGCAGCCGGACCCACGCCAGAAGAACUCUAUGAUCGGAGCGGUGUAGGUGUGAUAGCUAGAUGGACUCAGACUGGGGUUGCAGAAUUCUGGUAACUUUCCCAAAAUUCCAGAUUUCCCACAAAUCCCAGUUGGAAGAUACCCAUGUUUCUGCCUUAUUUGAUUUGAUUUAAUUUCUUCUUGAUUCCCUGGAUCUUCCAACCUGGGAUUUCUGGAAAACCUGGGAGUUUUGGAAAGAUUACGGACUACUCCAACCCUAAAUCAGACGCACUCGUUGCUUCUCUACAGCCCCCCCGUCUGAAAACAUCCCCCCUACCUCGUUUGGUGUCUCCGGAUCUGAACGAAUCGGACUGGUGUAAGUAAUAAGGCUCCCAACUAGACGCCCAAUGGGCUUGAGCCAUAGUGCUUACACCUAUCCAGGUCUUUGAGAUCUACAAACAUCAAAGCAGUAGGGAGGGGUUGCAUCCCAAAUGGCACUCUGUUCCCUAUCUAGUGCACUUCUUUUGACCAGGUCAAAAGUAGUGUACUAUGUAGGGAAUAGGGUGCCAUUUGGAAGGGGUAGUUUAAUGGACCAGGCCAUCAUCGGAACACCACUCCUCUCAGCUGCUGACAUGUUUUAGAGGCAGUGAAGGUCUUUGUGAGGUAUGUUUAGAAAUGUCUCUUUAUGCAUGUGUGGGGGUGUAAAUAAUGACUUUAGAUUCACAGGGGUCCAGAAUGACUGGAGGUAGACAUAAUGUACAGAUUGGAAAGAGACUUUUAAUUGAAUACCAGCCGAGCUCUUGCGGGGUUGCUGGCUUGCACAAACUUAAAGACAGCCCCCCCCCCCUUCAGGAAACAACAGUGAGAGGCCAGGGAUGGUCAAAUUAGGGUUUUGAGAUAACGGAAGACAAAAUGACAACUGGGCAAGAAGUUGACACUGGACAGGAAGUUGUUCCUAAGAAACGAGGUCGGAGGAACAGGAAGUGAGGAACAGGAAAUGAAGUCCACAUCGAAGCAUCUUUUCCCUCCUGCCGUCUCCCUUCCAUUUGUCUUUUAGAUGUGGGUGUUUUUGCAUUUGUUUUGAUUUGGUUGUGGCCUUUUUGCUAAAAACCUUCCAUUAACUGUUGUUUGCCUGUAACAAAAUUCUGCUGCCCAUAAUGUAUUAUUUUUUAAAGUAAAGUAUAAUGUGUGUGGUGUUUAUGAUUUAAAAUGGCUAUGUCAAAUUUGGGUUAUGUAAUCAUAAAGACACUGUUGAACAAACGAAAUGUUCUGUGUUGACCUAACUAUAUUCAUCACCACACAUGUCCCGAAUGGCACCCUAUUCCCUAUAUUCUGCACUUUUGAGCAGAACCCGUAUGGGUUGUGUCCAUAGCCUUAUGAGGCCUGGUCAAAAGUAGUGCACUAAAUAGGUGCCAUUUGGGACAGAGCCACAGUCUCCAGUGAUGAAGGCCUAAGAGAGACACUUAAACAUGUCACUCAUAUGCACCGGGAUGAUCCUUUCUCUCCAUUUAUAUCAUUUCCCUUGUGUGAUGUUCAAGAAUCACAACGCUGAUCAUGUCAUAUGGUACGUUAAUGAUGAUACAGUUUAACCUUUGUUUGUAAACGGAUGUUUUUAUAUUAUGCGGUGCAUUAAAUAUACAUUGUAAAAGAUCAUAUACAAUAUGCAAAGAUGAAUCCAUUUAUUGUUCACCAAUUUAGCCGUCUCAUUUUACAGGAUGAUGAAAUUGCGGCGUUAUGCCAAUGAUCCCGAUUAUCAAUCGCCAAUAUGAUGACUCAUCUCGCCCAAAUGAAUCAUUAAGAUUUUCAACCCAGUUUAGCCUUGCCAUUGGAGAUAAAUUAGCCCCCUACGAUAACAGAGAGGCCCAUGGUGUGUCCCAAAUGGCACCUAUUCUCUACAUAGUGCCAUGCUUUUGACCAGGGCCCAUUGGACCAGCUCAUAGGGCCCUAGUCAAAAGUAUUCCACUAUUUAGGGAAUAGGGUGCCAUUUGGGACGCAGACCCAGUCUUACUCCUGAUAAAGACUGAAUCACCCGCAACAAUUAAGACUGAGGAGAUCUCUGUGCUGAAGUGAUUACCUCCCAAAUUGCUCCCACAGAAAUGGGAGAUCUGGCUGAUUGGUGGAAUUAGAGGUUGAAAUUAGGAUAAUUAGAAUCUGUUGAGGGCUCAUUUUAUCAGUUAGUGUUUAAUUACUGCCGAGGCCAGUCGGUGUGUUUCAGACUUCAUCCCAAAUGGCACCCUAUUUCCUACAUAGUGCAUUGCUUUUGACCAGGGCCAGUAGGGCACAUUGGGGACGAUUCUGACCCGAGUUAAGCAUGCGUAAAUGGAACGUAAUUCCCUUUAAUGCACUCUCUCUGCAUAAUCUGACCUUGAAUUUAUGCAUGAUAAUAGCAUGCUGUUCACCCGCUAUUCGUUUUGGGUGGAGAUCUCAGAAAUAAAGGUGUGUUUGAGGUAUCUACAGCUGUACGGGCAAGGAAACCAUGAAUAACAUAUGUAUUGUGGCUCAUUUUCCUCAGUGAAUUAGGCUAUAAAUAGCUAUGCAGUUAUUCAAACGUUUAAUUGUGUGCCCUCAUAAUUUGCGUGGAUGAAAGUUGGAAGACCAAGCUAUAGGUUUGUAGGGCUGAACCUGCUGAGUUAAUGUAUGCACUUUAAAAUGUUUUAAUUAUAUACCCAAGAUUUUUUCAGUUUUACAAUUUGUAUCAUGUUAAAUAUUAGCCAUUAUCAGGAGUCACUGUAAGUAAUACCCACAGACAUUUAUACACUGAAUAAAAAUAUAAAUGCAACAUGUAAAUUGUUGGUCCCAUGUUUUGAGCUGAAAUAAAAGAUUCCAUAAAUGUUC